AUGAACAAAUUAACUGGAAAUAAGUUGGCUGGAGCAGAACUAUCUACAUUAUUAGAACAAAGAAUUACCAAUUACUACACCAAAUUGCAAGUGGAUGAGAUCGGUCGAGUGGUAUCAGUUGGAGAUGGAAUUGCACGUGUUUAUGGAUUAAACAAGAUUCAAGCUGGAGAAAUGGUUGAAUUUGCCAGCGGUGUGAAAGGAAUGGCUUUGAAUCUAGAAAAUGAGAAUGUAGGAAUUGUUAUCUUUGGUAGUGAUACUGCUAUUAAAGAAGGAGACAUUGUCAAGCGCACUGGAUCUAUUGUGGAUGUUCCUGUAGGAAAGGGCUUGUUAGGUCGUGUGGUUGAUGCCUUAGGAGUACCUAUUGAUGGAAAAGGUGCUUUAAGCGCUGCAGAACGCAGGCGUGUAGAAGUUAAAGCUCCCGGGAUUAUUGCACGUAAAUCUGUGCACGAACCGAUGCAAACAGGAUUAAAAGCAGUAGAUAGCCUGGUUCCUAUAGGUCGUGGUCAACGAGAACUUAUAAUAGGAGACAGACAAACUGGAAAAACAGCUAUUGCUAUUGAUACCAUAUUGAACCAGAAGCAAAUCAACACACAGGGCACCUCGGAUAGUGAAAAAUUGUAUUGUGUGUAUGUAGCGAUUGGACAGAAACGUUCAACCGUGGCACAAUUAGUUAAGAUUCUUUCAGAAGCGGGUGCGUUAGAAUAUUGCAUUAUUGUAGCAGCUACUGCUUCGGAUCCUGCUCCUCUGCAAUUCCUGGCACCAUAUUCAGGUUGCGCUAUGGGAGAGUAUUUUCGAGAUAAUGGAAUGCACGCAUUAAUCAUUUAUGAUGACCUUUCGAAGCAAUCAGUGGCAUAUCGACAAAUGUCAUUAUUAUUACGUCGACCACCAGGUCGUGAGGCGUUCCCAGGAGAUGUUUUCUAUCUACAUUCUCGUUUAUUAGAAAGAGCCGCUAAAAUGUCAGACCAGACUGGUGCAGGUAGCUUGACCGCAUUACCUGUAAUUGAAACACAAGCUGGAGAUGUAUCUGCUUAUAUUCCUACCAAUGUUAUUUCCAUUACAGAUGGACAAAUCUUUUUGGAAACAGAACUUUUUUAUCGUGGAAUUCGACCUGCUAUUAACGUAGGAUUAUCUGUAAGUCGUGUGGGUUCUGCGGCUCAGUUGAAAGCUAUGAAACAGGUAUGUGGUAGCUUAAAACUAGAAUUGGCGCAAUAUCGCGAAGUAGCCGCUUUUGCUCAAUUCGGUUCAGACCUUGAUGCUGCUACUCAGUAUUUAUUAAAUCGUGGGGCUAGGCUAACAGAGGUUCUUAAACAACCACAAUAUAGCCCAAUUUCUAUUGAAAAACAAAUAGUGGUUAUUUAUGCAGCUGUCAAAGGUUAUUUAGAUCAAAUUCCUAUUUCGAGCAUUAAUCAAUAUGAACAUGAGCUUUUGAAGUCUAUAGACCCAGAUAUACUUUCUGCUAUCGUACAACAAAAAAACAUUACUGAGCAGAUUAACAGUCAACUGGCUACCUUUUGUCAAAAAUUUACACAGAGCUUCUUAGCGACUCAUUCAGUUUAA